UUGAGUGUGUAGUGUGUGUGGAGAGCGCAGCCGGACGCGUGUGAUCAGCUGUGACCGUGGGAACCCGACCGCCCAGAUCUGCGAAAAUCCGUUUUUGGAGCGGAAUCUCUCUAGAGAAUCCACACUGAGACGCAUAAUGGAGUUUCGGGAUAGUUGUCUUCACGUAUCGCUGAAAGGUUCGUCAGCAGCGGUGAGCUAGUGGAAAGUAAACACCUCCUCUCCAUCACUGAGUGCUUCUACAAGUUUGCCACAUUAUUUUGGAGCUCGAACUGUAACGCGUCGGAGCGCGGAAGGUCCCGGAUUGAAUCCCCCCCCAGAAAUCAACCUAAGAGAGCUCGGCUGAAUUAAAACUUUUUAAUAAAAAAAAAAAAUUAUUAUUAUUAUUACUAUCCCCUUUGUGUGGGUCCUGCCAGAUGAUUAUUGUGCGUAAAUAAAUCAUCGUAGUGAGUUUGUGAUGAGGCGGACUGCAGCGCGCGGGGGAGGACCCUCCGCUGGAAUUAUUGCGCAGUUUUUAAAAUAACGGUCAAACGGGAACACUCAAGGCACAGAGUAUGUCUGCAAAAGAUAACGCCUGCCGAAAAUUCCAGGCCAAUAUUUUCAACAAGAAUAAAUGCCAGAACUGCUUCAAAGCUCGAGACGCGCACCUGCUGAGUGAUGAAGACUUCACACAGGCAAAACCCAUCUACGGUGGAUGGCUGCUCCUGGCACCUGAAGGAACAAACUUUGACAAUCCUCUGCACAGAUCACGGAAAUGGCAGAGGCGUUUUUUCCUUCUGUAUGAGCAUGGACUCCUGCGUUACGCACUGGAUGACAUGGCCAGCACUCUUCCCCAGGGCACCAUAAACCUGAAUCAGUGUGUGGAUGUUGUGGACGGUGAGAGCCGGACGGGUCAGAAACACUCGCUGUGCAUCUGCACGCCAGAGAAAGACCAUUACAUACGUGCUGAGAGCAAAGAGAUCAUACAUGGGUGGCAGGAGGCGCUGAUGGUUUUCCCACGAACCAACAAACAAAACCAGAAGAAGAAACGGAAGGUGGAAACACCAACGCCACAGGCUGCUGAUCUUCUAACAGAUCGAUGCUCCCUGCAGAACAUCAAUGGUUUUAUUGAACCAGGUCCUGCGAAGGUGACGGUCACCAGUACCUGCAGCAGCAGCAGUAUGGUGUGUCUCCCCAGCGCUAUAGCUCACGCAGAGCGAGUGCCGCCCACCCGGGCCACCCUGUGGCAAGAGGAAACAUGGAGUCGAACCACCAUACCGACAAGCUGCAGCCUGAGUCAGCUGGACUCAGGAAACUCGAGUGUUGGUCGUAAGCCACGGGUGGAGAGUGGAUAUUUUUCGCUGGAAAAACCCAAACCCGAAGAAGACGAAGAACGACAGCAUCAUCGCCAGCAGGAGCAAGAGCCGCCGCCACCGCAGCAGCAUCCGCCCCCUCUGCUUUCUGCUUCCUCCACCACAUCCUCCUCUUCCUCUCGCUCCAGGUAUCUCUCCUUUGAUCCUGAGCUCUUCAGCUCUCCAAUCAGCUCACACAAACACACGUCACAUGACCCACACAGCACUGCUAACACACAGACUUCCAGCAUUACAUAUAACGCCCACGCUCACAAACACAACACACAAAGACUUAGCAAAUCAGAGGAGCAUGUUUCAGCGGACGCCCCAUCACUGGAUUCCCAGCUCUCGUCGGAUGCAAAUCUCUGUCCCCUUCCCAGCCCGGACACGCUCUCCGGUCCGAACCCGCAUGCAAACAUCCUCCCAUCGUCCCUGUCUUCCUCUCAGAGCUCUUUAGACUCUGAGCAGGGUCCGGAGAGCCGUGUGGGCGGAGCCUCGGGCAGGGCGGGGCGAGGUGGGCAGGGUUACGCCGCCCUGGCGGAUGUGCCGCGGGCACGGAGACUCAAUCAUCGGGAAGCGUUCCGAUCCAGUAAGGAGCGGCAGGAGCUGCGAGCGCGCAAGAGGAGCCCGGGCCGGGAGGAAGUGGUGCGGCUGUUCGGACAUGAACGAAGCAGACGUUCACAGGUCAUCGAGAGAUUUGAGUGUCAUGACACUGUCAGCACUCCAGAGCAAAUGGACACAACCAAUUCUUCAACAGACCCCGCCCCUUCUUAUUCUAAAACAGCCAAUCAGAGAGCAGGACGCAAUGAUAGACGCCUCUCCAACCAGAAACAGGAAUUUUCAUUGGAUUCAGCUAAAGGACGGACAGAUGACGUUUCUUCACUAGCUGGUUACCGCAGGGCCAAAAGUCUGGAUCGCAGAGCCACAGAGACACUCAUGACUCCAGACCUGCUGAACUUUAAGAAAGGAUGGAUGACCAAACUGUACGAAGAUGGAUUGUGGAAGAAACACUGGUUUGUUCUGACCGAUCAGAGCCUGAGGUUCUACCGCGACUCCAUCGCUGAGGAGGCCGCUGAUCUGGACGGAGAGAUCGAUCUGUCCACGUGCUACGAUGUGACCGAAUUCCCAGUUCAGAGGAACUAUGGCUUCCAAAUCCUUAGUAAGGAAGGGGCAUUCACGCUGUCUGCUAUGACCUCUGGGAUACGUCGGAACUGGAUUCAGGCCAUUCUGAAGAACAUGCGGCCCACCGUCGCUCCUGAUGUCACACGGAAAAACGUGUCUCUGAAACUUUCAGUUCUUAUGCCCAGUUCCCUUCCAGAAGAGCGAACCAGAUCAAAUGUGGAACAAAACUACAUCCAACCCCCUUCUAACUCUUCGCAACUCUCUAACAGCUCUGUAUUUGAAGCUAAAAAGUUGCACGAGGACAUGACAGACUCUGCGCCUCCUUCCGAUCACCGUAAGAGCCGAGUCAACAAGCGGGAGGGACGGUCUAAAACCUUCGACUGGUCCGAAUUCCGCCCAGGGCAGGAAAACGAGAGCGGACAACCCUCAAUAAAGAGGGCAGAUACUUCUGUCAUUAUCUCAUCUUCUCCCUCCUCCACCUCCUCUGCUGCCUCCUCUUCCAUCUCUAGCACCUCCUCUCAUCAGACGUCAUCCUCGAUUACUACCACCAGCCAUACUGACAAGUUGCCACUGCGAGAUGAAGAAGUCAUGCAGGAUUAUAUACACCACAAUCAGACUGCACCUACAGCAGGUGGAGUCAAUGCGACGACGGUGGCGGAGCCCCCAUCAAAGCUCCCCCAUAAAGUGCCACAGGAACAGGUGAGAAUGGAUGUAGACAAUGCCAGAGACACGCAGGAGGUCGAUAGUCAAAGUACGGCCCACAGAAACUCUGACGUCCAAGUGGAAAUUGAGCAGAGGUGGCAUCAGGUAGAAACAACGCCCCUCAGAGAGGAAAAGCAGGUACCGAUCACUGGCAGCUCAAAUGUACCUGUUGGAGAAAGAGUCCUUCCACAAGAGCUGACCACUGCACUGGAAAAAGAGUUAGGUCAGGCACAAAGGGAGCUGGCAAGACUCCAGCAGCAGAACAGCAUCUUACAGGAGCAACUUCAGGAUGCUCGUGGGAGAGAGCAGAGUGCCAGGGAAGGAUACGUACUGCAGAGUGACACAACCGCUGCAAAGACUUCGUCUGAUGCAGCGUCUGCCUCGGUUCACCGAGCACCAUGGCAGCGCCUCAGCAAGCUGAACCAGGAUCUAAAGUCCGAGCUGGAGUCCCAGCACCGGAAGCAGAAUAAGUCCAAUCAUCAAGUUAGCAGCUUGCGGCGUAGCUACAGCGAAGCGAAAGAUAUAAUAGGACACCAUGAGGCGGAAAUCGAGGCCUUAGAGGAAAAGCUAACGGCUGCCAUGGCAGAGAUUGUAGUAAGCGAGCAGGCUGUGGCACGAAUGCGUAGCGAGCUAAAAAUUGAGCGGGUUCGCUGUCAAGAACGUGAGGAAGAAUGGGUCCGAAAUGAGACGACGUUGCGGUCACAGCUACGAGAGAGCGAGGACCGUCUUCGGCAAGUCGAGGCUAGUUUGCUAGAGAAGAACCAGAAACUGAGACAGCUCGAGCAGCAGCAAGCUUUGCAGAGGGACCAGCACAAAGAGGUGCUGAGACUACAGGAGAGACUCGCUGAGGCCACUGGACGUCUGAUUUCCAUGGAGGAAGCUCAAACUAUGAGAGAGGAGAGGGAGAGGAAAGAGCAGCGAGGCCUGGAGGAGAAACACGAGCGGGAGCGGCAGGGACUGACCCGGAGAUUGGUGGAAUCCGAAGAGAGGAGGCGUGAAAUAGAAGAGCAAUUGCAAGAGGCACAAGAACAAGUGGAGGCACUGCUGAGAGGGAGCGGUGGGAUGGAAACUGUGGGACUCAGUGAGGAAGUUCAUCGUCUUCAGCAGGAGUUGGAGGCACAGACGGAUAUGAUGGAAAUGCUGCGGGAGAGUGUGAGGAGGCUGGAGGAGGAACGUGACCAGCUUACUUGCCGCUGUCAGGAACUCCUCAAUCAGAUUGCAGAGGCUGACCGAGAGGUAGGAAAGCAACAGGCCUGUUUAACGACGGUGGAAAUAGACUAUAACUCUCUUGAGAGCUCGUAUGACCGUGUCUCAGAAGAAUUUGCUAGGAUAAGUCAUGUGCUACGAGAGAAGGAAGAGGAGGUGAAGCAGACAAAGGAAAUGUACGAGCAGCUAAUCAGACAGAAGGAGCAGGACUUGAGCGAGGCCCUCAUCAAGAUGGCUGCCUUAGGCAGUAGUCUAGAAGAAACAGAACUUUGCUUGCAGCAGAAAGAGGAACUUCUUUCUAAAAUGGAGCAUGAGUUUCCAGGACUGGUAGAGUCCCGAAAAGUGGAACAGGAGCUUCAGGCAAAACUGGUGAUUGCAGAGGAUCGGAUUGCUGAGCUGGAGGAACACCUCAAUGCCCUGCGACUCGGAUAUGCAGAUCUCAGAAUGCGACGUUGUCGCUCACAGGAAGACCUGCUUGAUGGUUUGAAAGAGAUGCAACAUGAUGUUUCCUCAUCCUCAAGUACCUCCCAACUUCUGCUUGCAAGAAGCAGCUCAGAGACGGAAAUGUCCUUGGUAAAGUGCCAGAGGAUUCGCUUUUCCACCAUUCAGUGCCAAUCCUAUCACCGGUCCCAGGGAGCAGACAAGUUUCAGACAGAAAAUACAUCUUUGGAUCUGACGCAAGAUCUGAGCCUAGACCACAUGCAUGACCUGAGCCUGACCCAAGAUAGCAGUGUAGUCAGUGACAGUUCAUUCCAGCAGUGCAGAGAUCCAGAGAAGUUCAUCUCCAUUAUACAUGCUCUGGAAAUCAAGCUAUUGGCCACAGAGGAGAAGCUCAGGCACCUCACAGAGAAGAUAAGGGACCAGCCCGAUCUUUCAUCGAUGCAGGAACACCUGAGCACCAAAGCUACCAUGGAGGAUUGCACAACUAAAACCUGUGAAGAAUUACCAAUGGAUGAACUCAGUCAGAAAUUCCUCAACAAGACUUUUGGUGAGCAGGACAGUGAUGAAUAUGAGAAGGCAUUGGCAUUGGUAGAGUCUUGCACAGAAAGAGUCAGAGAAAUUCUCAGCAAUCAGAAAGAGACCAGUUCUGUUGAAUCUCUCAUUUGUACCCUUGCAGAAGUAGAGAAACGGCUGGUUUGUGCCACCAUGUACCUGAGAAAGGGCAGCUCAUUCUAUGAGUCCUGUCAGAUCUUUGCACCAGAUGUGCAAUCAGUGAAGGAAAGUAUAAAGCGGUUUGCCAGAACGUUAACCUUUGAGGCUGAGGUUCUGGAGAAGAUGGGGUUCUCUCUGGAAGACCUGAACUCUGAUAUUAUGUCAGCCCUGAACUCCAUUCACAAGGAUGCUGAAAACAUCAAGACGAACUGCGAUGGUUGUCUCUCAGUUGUUUAUACUGAUGUACUUACAAGAAAACUUAUACUGGAAACCAUGUUCUUGGCAGAGCUGGACAAGCUUGAGACGAGUAAACUAUCAAAUAGUGCUUUUUCACAGGAUGUCAUCAAGAAUGCCUGCAUUAGUGCCGAGCUUGCCUAUUCGCUUCAGAAUAUAACAAUGAAUUUCCAGGAAGAAUUCAGUGAGCUUCAGAAGGACUUGCUCCAGGCGAACGAGACCUUGAAACAAAGGGACAUGGCUCUGAAAGAUGCUGUUAGCGCAUCAAAGCGUGCUCACAUUGAGAGCAUGACCCAAAGUAAUACUGAUUAUCUUGCUGACUUCGCCCCUCCUGAACUUGUCCCAUAUAUGGAGCAGAUUGAGAUUGAGGAAGCUCAGAGUUUAGCAGCAGAGAUUGUCCGUAGACAUUUAGCAGGCGGCAUGGUAUCCCAUAGUGCAGAAUCGGAAUCUCAUCUGAAAACAAGCUGGGAAAAUCUUAUUGCUGAGCUCAAAAAGCAAGCAAAAGCCCUCCGCGGUCUCUCUCAGGAAAUUGAGAGGAUCUGUGAAGGAGAAGGAGAAAUGGAUUCACUUUCUGGACUUGCGGAUGCCAUCCAGAUGAGCUCGUGGUGCGAUGACUCCAGUGCCGUUUGCAUGCGAGAGGCUUUGAUGCAGGCGCAGGUCGCAUAUGUUGCUUGCAAGUUGCGAGCGGGUCACACAAGGGAACUUACUCUCUGUCAGGAGACUAGCCGCAACAUGUCAGUGCUCGUCCAGGAACAUGCUGAGAGUGUUGCAGCCAUCCAAAGGCACUACCAGAGCUGCUUGGAGAAAGAACAUCUUAGCUUCACUGGCACUAUCAGUUCCUUGCAGGAGGAGAAUGACAUGCUUCGAGCGGAACUAUCCUAUAAGCUCAGGGAGCUCCAGGAGCAACGGCAGAACUUAACCCAGCUGGAAGAGGCAUUUCAUAUGGAGAAAGAAGAGCUCAAGAGCAGGCAUGCAGAUGAGAUGGGAAGGGCUGAGCAGGAGCAGAUAGACAGAGAGCUCAAACUAAUGGAGUGUGCCGCCAAAAGCCAACGCCGACUGGAGACCCUGCUGCUAGAAAUGGAAGAUGCUGAGUUGAGGCACAAGGAGCAAAUCCGAAAACAUGAGCAGGAAUUUCAGGGUAAGCUCCAGGAACUAGAACACACCAACAGAGAGGAGCUCCGCAAGCUACAAGAAUGCUACAGCCAGACUAUCUGCUCGCUGGAGGAGAGAAGCGAACAAGUGGAGAACAAAGAUGAGGCCGACGCAUGUCCCAUGGAGGAAGGGGAUGGAUCUGAUCAGGUAACGUGCAGGGAGUCCCUGCUCCGAAUCCGGGAGCUGGAAAUGCAGUUGAGCAGCAUGAGGGAGGAGCUGGAACAGAAACCACUGGAUGGAGAUCUGACCAGCCUGAAGGAGAAGUACCAGCGAGACAUGGACAGCCUCAAGGCGACAUGCGAGCGUGGAUUUGCAGCGAUGGAGGAGACGCAUCAGAAGGUGAUCGAGGACAUCCAAAGGCAGCAUCAGCGAGAGAUCCGGAAACUUCUGGAGGAGAAAGAAAGACUGCUGGAGGAGGAAACAAAUGCCACUAUUGCUGCAAUUGAAGCCAUGAAAAACGCUCAUCGUGAGGAUCUGGAGAAGACGCAGCGGUCGCAGAUGAGCGGUGUGAGUGCAGACAUUCAGGAGCUGCACAGACAGUAUGAAGAGGAGUUGCAGUCUAUCCAUCGUGAGCUGGAGGUUUUGUCUGAGCAGUAUUCUCAGAAGUGUUUAGAAAACGCACAUUUGGCUCAAGCGCUGGAAGCGGAGAGACAGGCACUAGGACAGUGCCAGCGAGAGAACCAGAAACUGCAUAUACACAACCAGGAUCUAAAUCAUCGUCUGAAUGAAGAGAUCACCAGAAUGCACUCAUGCAUCAGUGAAGACAAAUCAACUUCCUCUCUGACACAAGGCAAAGACAUCUAUGAACUGGAGGUUUUGCUGCGAGUGAAGGAGUCAGAGAUCCAGUACCUCAAACAGGAAAUAAACUCUCUCAAAGACGAGCUACAGUCGUCACUUCGAGAUAAGAAGUAUGCUUCCGAUAAGUACAAGGACAUUUACACGGAGCUGAGUAUCGUCAAAGCUAAAGCUGACUGUGACAUUAACAAGCUGAGGGAGAAACUUCUGGCUGCUACAGAAGCUCUUGGGGAAUUAGACGCUGAGGGAAGUGGCGUUACUGCUGGAUACGACAUCAUGAAGUCGAAGAGUAACCCAGAUUUCCUGAAGAAAGAAAAAUCCAAACAGAUACAUGGGGUCAGGUCAAAGAGUUUGAAGGAGGGACUGACAGUACAGGAGAGGAUGAAGCUGUUUGAAGCUAAAGACUCAAGAAAGAUAUAACACACUCUUUCUUUCUUCCGUUUUUGUAUUCUUGCUCUUUUAUUGUCUUUAUUUAGAUCUUCUUUGUUGAUAGAUGAAGCAGGGUAAAGAACUUUAGAACUUUUUUCUGAUUGUGUUUUAAUAUGGUUUGUGAGAAUUAAGGGAAUGACGUUUCAAUGUUGACAUAGACCGUUUUUGCCAAUCUUCAGCUCUGAUGAACCUCAUGUUUUUGGUGUUUUUUGGUCUCUAUAAGUCCUGAAGCUGUUCCUCAUCAUCACAGUAUAUAUGAACACACUCAGUAUUGAACUAGAACACUAGACGUGUGUGUUUUUCUCAUUUGAAUAUCUUCUGAAUGGCUGCUGUUGUCUUCAUUGGAGUGCUGGUGACAUUUUUAUGAUUAUUUUCUGAGAGAAGAAGAAUUACUUAAUUAUUGACACAGAGAGAUGUUAUUUUGCCAAUGAUAUUGUAAAUAUGAGUAAAGUCGCGUACGUGAUAACACUUUUUCAGACUUUCUAGUACUGUAACCUUGAGAUGAAAUGAUGUGGUUUCUAUAAGCUGGGUAACGUGAGUGCGAGUGUGUUUUUGAUCGUCAAGAGAGUUUCGGGUGAUUAUGUACUUCAGUCGUUUACUUGAGGAGAAUCUAAUUGCUGGUUUAAUUGCUUUUGUGUUGCUUCUGGUUUAUUCGGACGUGCAAAAUAUAGUGCAACCAAACGUGAUCUCUGCUGUGGGUGUUGCGGCAUAAAGCAUUCGUUUGGCUACUGAUAGUGAGCUUAUUUUGUCCUGUAAUUCCAUCUGAACGCGGGACAUUUUAAUGAUUUUGUUGUGUUAUUCCAGCGUUCGUGCUAUUUUAUACUGGUCUUUGCAUGAUUAUGAAGCACUUUGAGUCAUUGAUUUCUGUGUUCUGGUUUUGAAACACGUGAUUCCAUAUUCCUUCUGCUCCAGAAUUCAGAAAGUAUUGAACACACAACAAAGAAAACUCACUGUAUAAUAAUAUUAAAUUUUUGCUUUGUAAAUAAUUGGUUUUAGAGAAGAUUCCUUUAACUUGUUCUCGGUCUGCAUAGAGGAAAAAAAUAUCUUUAUAGCUAUCUAUAAGCGGUAUGUCUACAGUACACCUAAUUCCCUAUCUGUAUGAAUAUUUUUAUUUUGGUGUGCGUGAAUGUGAUAUAUCUG